AACAUGUUUCAAGCAGACCACCAUAAUCCCUUUGCCCAAGGGUGGGGUAUGUGCAGUCGUUUAAAAGUAAUGUUAAACACUAUUAUUCCACACAGAGUCAGUCCAUGCAUCUUAUUAUGUGAUGUGUUUAGUACAUCUUUACUUCUGAAUUCAUUUAGGCUUGCCAUACAAAAGGUUUUAAUACUUAAUUAAUUUGUAAACAUUUCUAAAAACAUAAUUCCACUUUGACAUAAUUGGGUAUUGUAUGUAGAUCAUUGACACAAAAUGUCAAUUUAGUACAUUUUAAAUUCAGGCCGUAAUACAGCAGAAUGUGGAAAACGUCAAGGGGUGUGAAUACUUUCUGAAGGCACUGUACAUAGCUACUUCAAUUACCUCGUUCCCCGCACAUCGACUCGGUACUGGUUCUCACUGUAUAUAACCAUGUUCUUUUUUCUCGUUAUUGUUAUUCAUUAUUCAUUGUGUAUUUAUUCCUCAUGUCACUUUUUAUAUUGUAUUUUUGUAUCUUUAACUCUGUAUUGUUUGUCUACCUAUGUUUACAGAGCAUGUGACAAGAAAAUGUGAUUUAAUUUUAAUCUAGGGUUAGGGUUGUGGUUAAAGCUAGGGUUAGCGUGAACUGGAGUGUGGUCAUAAAGCUAGGAUUAGGGUUGUGGUUGAAUUGUGAAAAUAAUGAUUCCUCUUAGAUUAUUGGUGAUACUAAGGAAUCAGGAAGUGUUUGGUGCUUCCCCAAGCCUGACAAUGUAGAAAUGUGACUUCCUUGUGUUAGUAAUCUAUUUCACAUCAAUAAAGGGUUGUGACAUACGUCUCCUAUAAUUCAGACGGUUUAUCAGUGUCAUGAGUUACAAGGCAGGUUGAGCACCUUCUCAGAAGUUGUUCUACAUUCAGAUUCUGCGUCCUCCACCUCUCAAUUACAGGUCGUAUCUGCAUACCAAUGGCUCUGCUGGAGAGGUCAGUUCUAAGGUGUGUGUGCAGCCAGUGAAUACUCUGAAACGGACAACCUUAUGUUAGGUCAACGCCCCAUAUCUUCUAUAUUUAAUUUAGGUCAUUUAGCUGACACUCUUAUCCAGAGGAACAUACAGUUGGUGCAUUAAACUAAGUUCAUGACACCAAGAGGAGAGGAUGGGGAAUGGGACAAAUGUCGACAAUGCCAUACCUAAAUCAUACAGAGAUGCAUUGCUGUCAAUAUACACUAUUGUGCUCAUUGGAGGGACCAUCAGCAUGUCCCUCAUGAUCAACAUCAUCAAGUCCAACGUCCGCUCGGUGACCACUACAGCCGUUCUGAACCUGAUCGUGGUCCACUUCGUCUUCCUCCUGACUGUGCCCUUCCGCCUUUAUUUCUAUGCGUCUGGCGAGUGGCAUCUUGGUCCUAACUUCUGCAAGGUGGUCAGUGCCAUGAUCCACGCCCACAUGUACUUAGCCUUCGUCUUCUAUGUGAUCAUUCUGGUGAUCCGCUACCUGAGUUUCUUCAGGAGGUUCAAUCAGAUGGAGUUCUACAGGAGGCUGCACGCCCUGGGGGCUAGUGCUGCUGUCUGGGGCCUCAUGCUCAUUGUGGUGGUCCCUUUGACUGCUGUGAAGUAUGGAUCAUCUACACAUAAUAAUACAACAACCAAUGACAACCAGUGCUUCAAUUUCGGAAGGAUCUUUGACGAGAAACAUACUGUGGCUGUGCUGAAUUACAUCAUCUGUGCUCUCAUCAUCGUGGUUACAUUGGCCCUGGCCUGUUGCCAAGUGUGGAUUUUGGGCUGUGUGUACAGAACUCACAGGGCGAUGAUCUUCUCUCAACAGGAGUUUUGGGCUCAGAUCAAAAGUCUUUGCUUUAUGCUGGUCAUUAUAGUAUGCUUUGUUCCAUACAAUAUAUUCAGGAUUUACUAUGUGAGUAAUUAUAAUGUCAGUCUCCAAAUGAAGAAUGAGUUUGCCCUUGCUAUCACAACUUUCAGCUGCUUUGACAUGUUGACUUUUAUAGGGAGGGGGUCGUUCAGACCCUGUGAUACAUGUUGUGUAUCAUAAGAAUAACAUGAGAAUGUACUUUUUCUUAUAUGUGAUGUAAAGAAUGUAACAUGAGAAUAGAACUCUAUUUGCACCUUAAUUAAUACCAAAUUAUAAAACUGUACAGACUCUUUGAUAUACUUACUUCACAGCAAACAAUAUCAGAAGUAACAGUUACUUCAGUAUAUACCUCUUUCUAGCAGUUCCCUAAGUGGGAUACGUCCUUCAGGUUAAAUCAGAAAAGACAUGAAAACAAAUAGUGGAGCGGUGUUUAUUGUUCUUGUUGUGCAGUUCUGGAACAUGAUACAAAGUAUUUACAUACUCCCACCACAUGGAUGGGUUUCUACAAAUUAGCUAAACUGAUUCUGAUUUAACAGUCACCUACAAUUUGGCAUACUGUAACACAUUAGCAUAACAAACAUACAUCAAACAUUUUGUGAAUUAUCAAAUUUUGAUAAACCAUGCAUUCUUUAUCAUCUUUUUUACAACUACAUUUCAAGUGAAUUAUAUGUUUCAUUAAAAUUUACUCUGCUUGUU